UGAUAUUUUUUAAACUAUCCUAAGCGAAGUGAAAAUAUUAAUAAACUUAAAAGAGGCAAAGUGAAAAAUUGUUCGAGCUUAUGACCGAACGCGUGAUUGGCUGAUUGCACGCUCGAGUCUGUUUGACUCGCUCAAUUCCAAUUCCAACUUCAACUCCUCGGUCGCCAUGGCCUUCCUGUUUAAAAUCCAACCCAUGGCUCCGCUUUCAGCUGUAAAAUCUGAUAAUUGGCCCGAGAAUCAACCACCCUCCUUCCGGCCGCCGCUUCGGGGUUUUACGCCUCCGUGCAUGGGUCAAUCAGCAUCCUCCCGCCUCCUCACCCUCUCCCAAUCUAGAGACUUCACCGACGACCUUCCCGACGAGUGUUUAGCCCUAGUCUUCGGCUCCCUCACCGCCGCCGACCGCCGAACCUGCUCCCUCGUCUGCCGUCGAUGGCUCCUCGUCGAGGCCAGCUGCCGCGCCCGCCUCUCCCUCCACGCCCGCCCUUCGCUCCUCCAGGCCGUGCCCCCGCUCUUUGCCCGCUUCGAUGCCGUCUCCAAGCUCUCCCUCCGCUGCAGCCGCCGCACUGCGAGCGUCGGCGACGAGGCCCUGGCGCUCAUCGCUUCACGCUGCCCCCGUCUGGUCAGCCUCAAGCUCCGCUCUUGCCGUGAUAUCACGGACGCCGGCUUGGACGCCGUCGCCCGUCACUGCCCAGACCUCCGGAAGCUCUCCGUCAGUUCCUGCUGCUUCGGCGCCAACGGCAUCGACUUGGUUCUCCGCGGCUGCCUCCUCCUCGAGGAGCUCUCCGUCAAGCACCUCCGCGUCCUCCACGACUCCGCUGCCAUCUCCGGCCCCAUCGCCGGAGUUACAACGCUCCGCACCGUGUGCCUCAAGGAUCUAUAUAACGCCCAGUGCUUCGCGCCGCUCAUCGCCAGCUCCCCCAAACUCAAGACGCUAAAGCUCAUCCGCUGCUCCGGUGACUGGGACCCUCUCCUGGAAGCCAUGGCCGGCAAGGUGCCCGGCUUCGCGGAGCUCCACCUCGAGCGGCUGCAGGUGAGCGACCGCGGCCUCAUCGCUCUAUCAGCUCGCGUCGACCUCGAGUUCCUCCGCCUCGUGAAGACGCCGGAAUGCACCGACGCCGGCGUCGCCGCUGUGGCCGAAUGCUCCCCCCGCCUCCGCAAGCUCCACGUAGAUGGAUGGAAGGCGGACCGCAUCGGCGAUGACGGCCUCGCCGCCGUGGCCCGACGCUGCGUCGGCCUCCAAGAGCUCGUCCUCGUCGGGGUCAAUCCCUCGAUCCGGAGCUUGGAGCUCGUGGCGACCAACUGCGGCUCCCUCGAGCGCCUUGCGCUCUGCGGCAGCGACACCGUCGGGGAUGCCGAGAUCGCCUGCGUCGCCGCCAAGUGCACUUCGCUGAAGAAGCUCUGCAUCAAUGGGUGCCCUGUCUCCGACCAAGGCAUGGAAUCCUUCGUCAGCAGAUGCCCCAACCUGCUCAAAGUGAAGGUGAAGCGGUGCCCCGGAGUGACGCCAGAGUGCGCGGAGCGGCUGAUGGCGAGCCGGAGCGGCCAGCUGUCGAUGAACGUAGAGCCCGUCGACGAGGGACCGGACGACGAGCAGAGGAUCGUCGCUGCUAUCGACGAAGUUGAAAUCCAGGAGAGCAACAGCGGCGGCCGCGGUAUCGAGCAGGCGGUAGCGACCGCCGGCGUGAUUACGACGAUCUGGAAAAGGAGAUGCGCGACGAUGAAGAUGCGGUCGGGGCUCAUCGCAGCUAGGAGGAACGUGGUCGCCUUCGCCAUCCGGAAAUGGUCGUCGCAGUGGAGGACCAUUCUACGCCUAGUCAACGCUGAGUAUGAACACGGUCGUUGACUUUUUCUCCGCAGCCUACAAGCACGGAGCCCAUCUUGAGAUUUAAAUUGUGACUUUGACUUCAUCGAAGAAUUGGUCUUUAAUUUUGAAUUUUUGGCCAUUCUCUUUGUUCAACCUCGAUGACUUAUUCUUCUUAAUAGUUUUCAUUAUCGAUUGGUUGAAAGAUCCAAUCAUGAAAUAGGACAUUUAUGAAUGUUUGACUAUCUGCGCUAGGCCUUGUAAAUGAAGGGCAUACAAAUAAAAGGAAAAUGUUAAUAAA